UUUCUAGUAGCGUUUAGUUUUAAAUUGUUUCCAUAGUACAAACUAGAGAGCAGGUCAGGUUCGACCCACUGCGAUUUUCUGAUAAAAUAAAAAUAUGUUUUUAAAAAUUCUAAUUGUCGUAUCGGUAUUUUGUUUUUCGGGUGCGUUCGCGAAACUUGACGAAGUUUUCGAAUGGAAACAAGUGAAAUUCGAAUGGCCAAACGAAGAAGCUGAGAAAAUAGCCAUUGAAAACGGGGAUUAUGUACCGGAAAAUAAUUUACCGUUGGGAUUGGUUAGGUGGAAGGAUAAACUUUUCGUUACUGUUCCCAGAUGGAAGCAUGGAGUGGCUGCAACUUUGAAUUACAUUCUACUCAAUACAACAGAAAAAUCACCUAAAUUCCACCCUUAUCCCGAUUGGAACGCGAAUCUACUUCCAAAAGAAGGAGAGGAUCCAGUAGAAAACCAGAUUGUAUCAGUUUUUAGAAUGAAAGUCGAUCCUUGCGAUCGUUUGUGGAUAAUGGAAACUGGUUUAGCAGAUAUUUUGGGUAAUCCAAAGCUCGUUAUUCCACCCUCUAUCGCUAUUUUCGAUUUAAACACCGAUAAGUUGAUAAAAAGAUAUAAUUUAUCAGAAACUGACAUCAAGGGAGAAGAUUCGUUCUUCGCUAAUAUUAUCGUAGAUGUUACUAACGAAACAUGUGACAAAGCUUUCGCCUACAUCCCCGAUUUAGGAGGAUACGGUAUAGUCGUAUACUCCUUAGCCGAGGAUAAAUCGUGGAGAGUUAAGCACAAUUAUUUCCAUUUUGAUCCGUUAAAAGGCGACAUGACCGUCGGCGGAGUUAAUUUCCAAUGGACCGAUGGAGUAUUCGGAGUUGCGUUAGGACCAUUAAACGAAACAACCGGUUUCAGAACGGCUUAUUUCCAUGCCUUGGCUAGUUGCAAUCAAUUUUCCGUUAGUACGCAAGUUCUAAAGAACGAAAUCUUGGCAACUGAUCCAGCGUCGUUUGAUUUAUAUCAAUUGGAAGGUAUCAAAGAUGAUAAAGGACAAUCUUCAUCAUCAGAUUUCGAUGUGAAAACCAACGUUUUAUUCAUAACGCAGCUACAAAGAGAUGGUAUAGCCUGCUGGAACCCCAGAACUAAACUCGAACCUGAUAAUUUCCCAUUGGUAGUUCAAGAUCAUGAAAAAUUGAUUUUCACUAACGAUAUUUCGAUCGAUGCCGAAAGGAAUCUCUGGAUUCUAUCGGAUCGAAUGCCAAUUUUUAUUUACAAACAAUUAGAUCCGAAUCAAAUCAAUUAUAGAAUAAUGAGAAUUAAAAUCGAUGAUGCAAUCAAAGACACUGCCUGUGAAGCUUGAAAUAAUCGAUCAGUAUUAUAAAAAACGCGAUUUGCAUAUUGUAAAAAAAAUUUUAAUAGGGGGGAAUAAAUUUUUUUAUGAAA